AAAAAAGGUCAAGUGUCAACCUUUUCCCUCCCUUCCCUCUUUUGUUUCAACCAGCUUCUUCCUCUAUUCCCCUCUUUCGCCCCGUCUUUCUUCUUUCCCUUUCGCUUUCGAACAUCGCCCUAUUAUUUAUGCUAUCAUGUCCUUCGCGUCGACGACAAGCGACGAUGAAGAUCCACAUUCCUUUGACAGUUGUCCACUGCGCACAUCAUCCUCCUUGUUUAUAGUCAAACAGCAGGACCAGACGAUCGUCACAGCGACCGACGAAAUAUUCAACAUUUUGGGAUACGCCCCAUCUGACGUGAUUGGCAAGACCAUCAGCCAGCUACUAAAGACGAUACCGUCACCAGACAACACGUUCCCGCUUCGAUGUGUAGCACGCGACAAACGAGGUACGCGCAUAAAAUUUCAAGCAUGCAUCCAUCGUGAUCCGUUAUUACACAGAACCACAACGGCACCCAAUGAGAUGGCAACCGCGCCACUCGACUACUGGCUCGUGCGUCCGCUGAAUCAGGAAAAAACAAGUCGUCGUUAUCGUCGUCAGCAACAUCAUCGAUUCACGUUACCCGCUGACGCCACCACUGUAAUUAUGCUCAGUCCAUAUGGCAUUGUCGAUCGCAUUUAUCAUGUGAUUGACCAAGAGCUACAACCAGCGUCAUCAGCUACGCGUCAACUGAUAGGCAUGCCAAUCAUGGCCUUUAUACAUUCAGAAGACCUUCAGAUUCUUUGCGGACAGCUCAACAUGACGUACAGACGAAUUCAACCUACAUUCGAUGUACGGUGGCUCACGAAGGGCUAUUCCUCAAAAGAUGAAAACGAUAUGGAUGCAGCAGACGAAUACUACCAAUGGAUCACUGUUACUGGUAUGCCAAUCACACACCAGUCUGCCAGAUUGAAGCGACGCUCACAGAUCACUUGCGUCAUUGAACCGAUCGCACUACAUGAAAGAGAUCGUGGACUCGUAGAAACGAUCCAGGAUAUGCUCGAGUUACUCUACGACGCACUCGUCGAAAAGGCUACUGCCGGCAAGAUUUACGUCCUCGAGUUCUUGGAACAUGUGCUCAUGAAUAUUAUACCCCUGGCUGUACUGGCCACCAACAGCAGCAAAAGCAAUGAUGAUGAUGACGAUAAUAAUAAUGAUGUCAGCGAAAAAUUCCUGUCGACAGUCCAGAUUUUGGAUAAGAUCGAGUUUGUCCCACUAGCACACAAGGUUCAAAGCAGUUGUAAGGCAGUUCUGGAGGCAUACUACUCUUUCGCUGCCAAGGACUGCUUUUCGGUUUCCAAAGCUAUCGGCAACAUCACUCAAGUGCUUCCGCCAGCUCAAGUACCCAUUCUUGAGAGCUAUAUUGAAUGGGUCACCACAGCCAUCCGACCUCCUUCUUCUAGUCGGAUCUAUUAGGCGUUUUCUCUUAUCUAUACAUAUAUAUACCUCUAUAUCUUAGCACUCAUCCUUACUUAGUGUAAUUUACGCUUGCCAUCUUCCGCUCCUCCUCCUCCUCCUUCGCACCCCAUAACCCCAUCUUCUUUAUAUGUACUCUUUAUGCCACAUCGCAGUAUUCACUAUCUACUACGUCCACAUCAUAUUAUAUUUGUCUCUCGUUGUACGAAGAUCCAUGUCGUUAUACAUGCACGAAAAAUUCUGUGCUCUUACCUUUUUUGCUUUCAAACUUCGCCGAUCCUGUUAUUGCAUACUUUUAUAUGGUUAAUUUUGUAUACAGCGCACCUCUUUUAUGUAUUACUGUGAUAUUAAAAGAAGAUAAAAUAAACAUAUAUACGUCAUACACGGCUCUAUACAAAAAAAAUAUCUAAAAUAAAGGAGGUAUAUCAUAGUCAUU